AAAUUCGAUUGGAAAUGGCGGGGAAAACGAAAAAAUGAUUUUCUGACAAUUUUAACUCAAUUUAUCUGAUUAUGGCACUUUCAACGCAACAGCCAGACAAUGAUGAUAGAUAUGUACUCUUAGCUAAAAUAGACAAUGCCAGAAAUGUAUCGAACAUUCUUAAAGCCAUUCAUUUUAAAGAGUCGGCAACCGUGUUUGCUAGUUCUAUGGGAUUUAAGGUGACAGUUGAAGAUUCUAAGUGUGUACAGGCCAAUGCCUUUAUUCAGGAAGCUCUGUUCCAUGAAUUUGUAAUAAAAGAGGACCAGAUCACCUUUAAAAUAAAUCUGACAGUGCUACUGGAAUGUCUGACAAUAUUUGGUGGGACACCAGGAGAGAGUACCAGUCUGAAGAUGUGUUAUGCUGGUUAUGGAUGUCCUCUUAUCCUUGUUUUGGAAGAAGAUGGUGUUCUCACAGACUGCAGUAUUAAGACUUUAGAACCUGAUGAGAUCUUAGACUUCAACUUCUGUAGUACAAAUGUUAUCAAUAAAAUUAUCAUGAAAUCAGAAUGUCUGAAGGAAGCUUUCAGUGAGUUGGACAUGACCAGUGAUAUACUACAGUUCCUGAUGUCACCGGACCCCCCACACUUCAGAUUGUCUACCUUUGGCAAUGCUGGUAGCACACAUUCAGAUUUUCCUAAGGAAUCAGACAUGAUGGAAUCAUUCCAGUGUACCCAGACACAAACAAACAGGUAUAAGAUAUCUUUAUUGAAGCCAUCAGUCAAGGCUCUAGCACUAUCCACCCGAGUAUCCAUCAGAACAGAUAACAGAGGAUUUCUCUCAUUACAGUUUAUGAUCAAGAAUGAAGAUGGACAAGUCUGCUUUGUAGAAUUUUAUUGUGCACCAGAUGAAGAUGUAGACGAAGGACCUGAGCCAUAGAAGAUACUGAACACUUCUUUUUGAAAUGUGCCAAGCAUUGUUUUACAGAAAAGGUGUAAGAAAUCAUGACCAACCAUGACUAAUGUGAAAAUUUUAAAGCAAAGUUACAAUCAGAUUGACUAAGGUUCAAACUGUCUACUUGUAAAAUCAUAGAUGUGUUGAUUGAUUUGUGUUAUUAUAUGGAUUACAUCGGAAGACUACCUUCCUGGAUCCUUGUUAUUUAUUGUAUUAUUUGUUAAGAGUAUUUUUUUACAUAGUAGAAACAAAUAUGUUUUUUCAUGAUGAAAAUAAAAUGUAAUGUCAUAUUUUA